ACUUGGAACAUAUCCUAUUGACUUACUUUCUUUUGAGCUUCCUAUGGAAGAAUGGCCAAUAAUCCUCCUACUGCCAAGAAGACAGAAUCAGUAGCAAAGCAUGUCAAAGAAAUCGCUGUCAAUGGCCAAGAACCACCACGAAAUUAUUGCUAUAGAGAUGGUGUUGGUGGAGGCUUAGACAUAUGUUGCCUUCCACCUGUGGAGAUUCCAGUUAUUGAUGUUGGUCUCCUUGCAUCUCCAUCUACCAGCAGACAAGAACUUAAAAAACUCCAUUCUGCUCUCAGCUCAUUCGGCUGUUUUAUGUCGAUAAAUCAUGGAAUGACAAGUCCGUUCUUGGAUAAAGUGGGAUCAGUUAGCAAGCAAUUCUUUGCGCUUCCGAUAGAAGAAAAGGAGAAAUAUGCUAAAGAAGUUCACCGCAGAGAAGGUUAUGGGAACGACAUGACUUUUGCAGAGAAUCAAGUACUUGACUGGAAUGACAGAUUAGUUCUUGUACUGAUCCCAGAAGAUCAACGACAGCUCAGAUACUGGCCUAAAAAUCCCACAAAUUUUAUGGACACUAUACUUGAAUUUACUGCGAAGUCACAGCUGAUAAGUGAGGUUGUCUUUAGGGCUAUGGCGAUGUCAUUAGACUUGGAAGAUCACUGCUUUUUGGACAAAUGUGGAGUUCGAGCAACAAUGCAAGCAAGAUUCAACUUCUUUCCUCCAUGUUCAAGGCAUGAUCUAGUUCUUGGCCUGAAACCACAUUCAGAUUCAUCAGCAAUCACCAUUGUCCUUCAAGACCAAGAAGUAGAAGGUCUUCAAUUACUAAAAGAUGAUCAAUGGUUUAGAGUUCCUGUUAUUCCUGGAGCACUUUUAAUUAACAUCGGUGAUCAAAUAGAGAUAAUGAGCAAUGGAUUUUUCAAGAGCCCGGUACACAGGGCGGUGAUAAACCCAACAAGGGAGAGGUUUUCUGUGGCUGUAUUUUAUUCUCCAGAUCCUGAAAAUGAUAUUGAACCUGUAGAUGGAUUAGUCAACGAAGCAAGACCAAGACUUUACAAGAAGGUGAAAAACUAUGUUGGUAAUUUUCUUCAAUAUUACCAGCAAGGGAAGAGACUGGUAGAAGAUAUGAAAAUUUAGCUUUCCUGAGCUCUUGUUAUAAUUUAGCUUAGCACAAAAAAUUUGCCUCAUUUAGUUUGCCGGAGAGUGUUUUCUUUGGAUGAACUGUAUCUAAUGCAGAUGGAUAAGCUGUAAUAGACUUGUUAGAAUUCAUGAGCUUGCCAAGUAA